AUGUACUCCAAAUUUGAUCCUACAAAAAAAAAACAAAUAGUUAAACAUAUCAACGUAAUUGCUUCCUCACACACAGGAAAAGUAUACUGCUUUAUUUGCAAAUUGACUGGGUCCAAAAGUAUCACUACUAAUUUUUCAAGUUCUGGUUUUUGCUAUAGGAAACAUGCCUUAGUGCAUGUCAGUGAACAUGAAUCAUCUAAAGGCCAUCUGGAAGCAAUAAUAACUUUGACACAGCGUGGCAAAAAGUCUGGAGGAAUUUACCAUGAGCUAGCAAAGCAGGAAUCUGAAAUAUGUGUGUACUGGAAUCAAAUACUACAACGUGUAAUAAGUACUAUAAAGUUCAUUGCAGAACGAUGGCUAGCUAUUCGAAGUGUUAAUGAAAUUUUUGGAUCACCACACAAUGGGAGUUAUCUAGGAAUUUUAGAACUGCUGAGUGAAUAUGACACUUUUCUUGCUGCAUACGUUAAGAUGCAGCAAAUAAAGGAAGAGACCAUACAUUUCUUAAGCUUUAUAUGGAUGACUGUGAUGCUAAUGCAAAUGUGCCCAAAGAACUUUUUUUUACAAAAUUUUAAAUACAAAUAA